AUGAUGGUUAAGUGUUAGUUUUUGUAAGAUUUGAUACGUUUUUGACUUGGUAUAAAUGGUUUGAAGUGUUCAUAUUAUUUUGGGCGUGUGCUGUUGAUAAAGUUAGAUUUUUAGGUAACAAUCUUGUUUUAUUGUGUCUAUGAUUUUUCAGUGUUUUUAUGGUUAUGUUUUUGCAUUUUUUUAUGAUUUUCUAUAAAUUUAGAUUUAAUUUUUAUAAUUUAUUGCUUUUUGAUUGCACUGUGCGGACGGUUUGAAGAAUUUUCAAAUUUCAAAUAGUUUUAAAAAUGCUAAAGUUGGAUGAGGACUUUUUCAUGUUACUUUAUGCACUUUUGCUUAUUUUACAACACUUUAUUGUUCAAAGUUUUAUUUUGUUUUGCGUUUUGAGCGUUUUUUGAAUUUUUGGGCAACACCGUGCAAUUUUUAAAAUUUUAAAACUUUUUUUGAUUUUUUAGUUUAAUAUGACAUUUUAAAGCUUUUAUUUUUUAAAAUUUAUUCACAUCUUUUUUCAGCUACAAACCUGCUGUCAAUCACAACUUCGGCUGAACUUGAUGACAUGGGCGUCCAAAUCAGGUUGGGCGAUGACGUUGGAUUACUAUCGAUUGAUAACUCUUCUGACACUAACACAAAGCCGGUAGUUCUAAACUCAGUUCAGGAAUUUAAGGCCACACAAAUUCAAAGUCUGGAACUGGAAUUGGAUGCUUUGGCCAAUAUUGAUAACGAACACUUGUUUGAUAAGAGAAACUUUUUGGAGUUUGCUGCGCAUGAAGACUUCCUCAAGGAUGCGAUUUAUCGAGAAUUAAUGAAAAUACGAAUAGCAGCAGAUGUGGAUAAAGUCAAAGUUGGUCAGGUCGGUGAUUUUUAGUGUAAUGUUGUUUUAGGUCUUCUUUUAGGUCUAAUUUGAUAUUAUUAGUUGGUUUAGGCAUAAAUAGAAUCUUUGAGGUUUUUUGAAUGAUUUUUAUUAAAAUACAGUCACUUUCUGUUAAUUUGAGUUGAUAUUGAGCUUAAAAAUGAAAAUAGAUUAUGAGCAACGCUUUGAUGUCUAGUAUAAUAUUGCUUUUAUUAAUUUUGUUAGGUUAAGCUCAGAAUUAUGGAUUGAUUUAGAUAUGAUUAGAAACUGUAAAAAUCUGUGAAUGAUUUACGUUUAUUUUUAGUUAGUUUGAAUUGAUAUUGAGUCUAAUAACGAAAAAAGUUCUGGAUCAAGCUGCUGGUGCCUAGUGUAAUAUCGCUUUUAAUAGUUCCGUUAGGUUUAACUUAAAAUUAUUAGUUGUUUUAGGUAUGAAUAGACAAUUUAAGGUUUUCUGAAUUAUUGACAAUUAUUUUUAGGUAAUUUAAAUAAAUAUUGAGUUUAAAAAUGAAAAAGGUUUAAGAUCGGCACAGAAGUCCUCAAUGUUCACACAAUUUUUGAAUUUUUAGCUAUAUAAUAAUUAAUUUUUUCAUAAUUAUAGACGAUAUAUCCAGAAGAACUACGACAGAAACGAAAAUAUAGAAUGCCAGAGGGCAUUCAAAAGUUGAAAUGGAAAAAGAAAGACAAAAAGAAGACUGAGAAGAGACCGUUACCUUUUAUUGAGAUGGAAGAAGUCGAAGUCGGCCCAAAGUUUAGGUUUUGCACCAGGAUAUGGAAGAAUAUUAAGGUAGGUAUUGUAACAUAUUGGUAUAUAAUUCUAAAUGGUUUUGGUCUGCAAGUUCAUGGGAAAGCUUACUUUUAAAAGGAAACCCCUAUUUUAGAUGACAUUUUUAUUUUUUUUUGGAUAUUUUGCUGAUUUAUUUUGAGUUAAAAAAUGAAAGUGUUACCUGAAAUUUCAUUUUUAAGCAAUAUUUUUAAUUUUCCAAAUAUAUUUUUAAAAAUAUUAUUUUAGGUAGAAGACAAGCUCAGAUUCUCUCACAUUCCCUACUUUCUAGAGCAUGAGGAGGAAGGAGAACAGUUCGCCGACCAAUUGAAAGCCAUGUACCCAGAUGGUGUACACGGAUCAUCGUACGAUUGUACUUGGUUCGUGAAUGAUAAGAUGAUGUACGAGCUGGUGGUUGUGAUGAAGAAGAAGUUUCGAAUUGGUAAGGGUUUUUUCUAUGUCUUAUCUUUACUUCUGCUCUUACCUUUAUUCUUACCCCCUACUCUCUAUUCUCUACUAUUUACCUUGUAACACUCCUUUUCAGAAGAAGACAUUCUUUACAAAGCUAUCCACCAUCUCUUUCCAAACAAGUUUACUUGUGGCGAGUUAAAAAAUAUCUUUCCAUGGCUCGAGGAACGUUUCUACUAUCGUGUCAACGGCCUGAAAUCACCAUACCAACAGCAAGUGGACCAGCUUUGGGCAAAAGUACAAACAAUUGACGUAACAGCACCAUCACAAGCCAAAACAACAUCACAACAGACACGUCAAUCUAAUACUCUAGUACAGUACGAGUUCACGAAAUGUCAGAAACAUUGUGAAGUGGCACGAAGAGCACGUUUGGAAGAUGACAAAAUCAAUCAAGAUCCGGAGGGCUACAGGAAAUGCGCCGAGGUCUGGCUACAGGCUCAUCGUCAGUUUUUGAAUAUCUUCCCAAGGAUUGAUUACGAUAACAUAUGUGUCAUCGCUAAUGUUUUCAACAAGAAGUUCCCGACUACGUUCAAGUCAUGUGAUGACAUUCGGAAGUAUUUUGAUCGGAAUUACAAGACACAGAAGAGGCGUUACCUAUCUGAAACGUGGGUUUUAAAAAAAUUUUGAAUUUCGAUACUUGGAUUCUGAAUUAAAAAUUGUUCAUUAUCAGAGCUCGAAAAAAGUCAGUACAAAGGUUCCGUCGAAUGAAGUCUCAAGUCGAAUUCCUCGAAUUCGACAAUCCGUUCGAGGCUUGCGAUCACGAUGGUCAAUGUACCACAACGUGCAAAUGUUUCACGUCAAACGCGAUUUGCACCAAGUACUGCCGAUGUUACGGAAGCGGGUGUUGUACGCUACAGUUCAGUGGGUGUCGAUGUAAGGAGGGGAUGUGUAUGAAGAACAGUUGUGAUUGCUUCAAGUUGGGCUGGGAGUGCGAUCCUGAUCUGUGCAGGUUUUGCUGUAAAGGUAGGUGGAAAGGAAGUUAUUGCUAUUUUGAGAUUUGUAAAGAAAGUUUAUGCAUUUUUAUGAUUUGUAAAGAAAGUUCUUGCUAUUUUGAAGUUUGUAAAGAAAGUUUUUACGCUUUUGAAGUUUAUGAAGAAAGUUCUUGUCAUUUUAUUCUUUGUAAAGAAAGUUCUUGCUAUUUUGAAGUUUGUAAAAAAAGUUCCUGCCUUUUUGUUUUGUAAAGAAAGUUCUUGCCAUUCCAUGUUUUGUAAAGAAAGUCUUUGCAUUUUUAUUGUCUGGAAACAAAGUUUUUGCUAAAUGAAUUGAAUUUCAGACGUAGGCACGGACGAUCAACGAAUGAUUUGUAACAAUGUGAAUCUACAACACCAUAUUCAGAAGAAAGUCUUCACAGCUCCGUCGACGGUGCACGGUACUGGAGCCUUUGCGGGCGAACCGUUUCAGCCAGGCGAAUUCGUGUGUGAAUAUGUUGGAGAAGUGAUAUCAAACGAGGAAACGGACCGACGAGAAAUCGUUUAUGAUCAAUAUAAAACCACCUUCUUGUUUCGUGAGUUAUUGCUAUUUUAAGCUCUGUAAAGAAAGUUCUUGCUAUUUUAUGAUUUGUAAAGAAAGUCCUUUUGAUUUUAUGAUUUGUAAGGAAAGUUCUUGCGAUUUUAUGAUUUGUAAUGAAAGUUCUUGCUAUUUUAUGAUUUGUAAAGAAAGUUCUUUCGAUUUUAGGGUUUGUAAAGAAAGUUAUUGCCAUUUUAUGUUUUGUAAAGAAACUUCUGGCCAUUUUUUGUUUUGUAAAGAAAGUUAUUGCGAUUCCACGAUCUAUAUGUAUUCUUUUUUGGGUUUUUACAAUUUUCCAAUAACCAUUUUCCAGACCUAAACAACAAAUACAGUGUGGACGCGUGGCACAAAGGCAACAUAGCCCGCUUCGUCAACCACUCCAAGAAUCCGAACGUCCAAGCCAAGAUCUUUUGCGUGGAUACAGAACAACGAAUCGCCUUCUUCGCCAGUCAGAAAAUCAAUAUUGGAGACGAGCUCUUCUUCAACUACGGAUUCAAUGCCGGCUUAACGAAAAGCCAGCUCAAAACAAACAGAAGAAAGAAGUCGUUGAGUUUGAAAGAACAAAAGAACCUUAUCUUUGACUCAAGAAGAGAAAGAGAUCCAUUUCGAGAGGCCGAAAUCAUCGAAGCGACACGAAAGUGCUAUCAGAGUACGAACGCGGAGACAAGGGUACCUUUGCAAGUUAGCUUCAAAGAAGAAGAGGAUUCAGGUGGUGGCAGAUGUUUAAGCUCAUUAGCCGGUCAAGGCUCAGAGAACGGCCGUGUGUUAGAGAAAAGUACAGGUUCAGAAAGCUGUCGAGGCUCAGGAAGCGGUCGAAGCUCAGAGAACGGCCGAGCUUCAGAAAAACCCAAGAAUUCAAAAACCGGUCGAGAUUCGGGAAUCGGCCCAGGCUCAGGAAACGGUCGAAGCUCAGAAAAAUGCCAAGGCCUAGAAAAAAAUCGCGGUUCAGAGGACGAACGAGAUUUAACAAGCGAUCAAGAUCGUGGAAGCGACGGUAUUUCCGGAAAACAACAAGAUUCACGAGGCGGUCGAGAUUCGAAAACCGAUCGAUCUUCAGAAGAGAACAGAAGAAGUCGACUCCAGAUCAAGCCAAGCGUUGCCAGGAAGAACCGUCGUACGGAAAGGUCUUUUAGUGGCAGGAGAAGCAAGAAGAGAUUCAAAACAUCGUGA